AUGGGUCACGCGGCGUUUCAGCUCGUUCGCGCCGUAACCCUAACGGACACCUCUGGCAGCUCUCGCUCUUCUCCCAAUCCCCCUAGCACCGCCCUCAGUCGCUUCCUCGGUCCCGCUGCGACGGCGACCCCGAGUCCGAGUCGCAUUCUCUGCUGCACCCAAUGGCGCUCCUCCAUUCUCAUUGGCUGCAGCGACGGCGCGCUGUUAGACUACCGCCCGGCAGGAGCGGCAGCAUCAGCAGCGGCGGACCAAUCAGCGGCUUCCGCGCCGCGUGUCGCGGCCGGCAACGGUGGCUAUUCGCUGUUCGCGCGGAGAGACGGUUUCGCGCCAUCCGCCAUUCUGCGACUCGAAGUCGCCGCGCUGCCGACAGCUGCUGCUGCUGAUAGUUCCGCUAUCCCCGCCGCCCCCGCCGCCACCGCCGCUUCCGCCGCAUCUGACGCUUCCGGGGCGGCGGGCGUGCUGAUCGCGCUGGCGGACUGCGUGAGGCUGGCGGCGCUGCCGUCUUUGGAGCCGCUGACGUGUCUCCCGCGCACAGCUGGCGCCACGUCACUGGCGUGGGACGCGGAGGGCGGCGUGCUGUGUGUGGCGAUCAAGCGGAGAGUCGUCGUGCUGCGGUUUGAUGGUGGGUCCGUGUGGGUUGGUGUGGCCGAGCAACCUCUAAGGAGGGGCGGGAGUUCACCUGCCCUUCGUCCUUCCCCUUUCAACUCUUUUCCUCUCCUCUCCUCCUCAGGCCGAGCAGCCUUCAAGAAGGAGCGCGAGUUCACGCCGUUCAAUCUUCAAGGAGCGCGAGCUCACCUGCCUGGACGCCCCUCUUACUUAGCCCGUUCAGCCUUUGCCACCCUCUUCCUCUUCCUCUUCCUCUUCCUCUUCCUCUUCCUCCUCAGCCAUGAAGACUGGGAGAGCUGCAGCCGUUCAACCUUCAAGGAGGAGCGAGAGUUCACGUGCCCAGACGCCCCUCUCAGGCCGUUGAUCCCAUCCCCUUCCCUUCAUCCUCCUCACCUGCCCCAAACUCUUUCCCUUUCGAACUAUUCCCCCCCCAGGCCAUUCAACCUUCAAGGAGGAGAGGGAGUUCACGUGUCCAGACGCCCCUCGCCUGCUCGCCCUGCCUUCUCCCACCUCUUCCUCCUUCCCAUCCUCUUCCCCUUUCCCAUUUCUUCCUUUCCCCGGGCCGCUCAGCCGUCAAGGAGGAGCGAGAGUUCACGUGUCCAGACACCCCUCUCAGGCCGCCGUUCAACCUUCAAGGAGGAGCGUGAGUUCACGUGUCCAGACGCGCCUCGCCUGCUCGCCCUCCCCUCGCCCACCACGCUCUGCGCCGCCACGCCCACCAAGUACCUUCUGCACCACAUUCCACCGCCCGGCACCGCUGGCAGCGGCGGCUCGUGGCGGGAAAUGUUGCCAUGUGGGCAGGUGGCCCCUCCCAGUGUGGUGAAGCUACCCCGUGGGGAGAUGCUGGUGGGGAAGGACAGCAUAGGGCUCUUUCUUGACGCCUCUGGUCGCCCUCUGCGCUCACACGGCAUUAACUGGUCGCGCCCGCCCUCCCACGUGGCUGUUAUGCCCCCCUAUGCCCUCGCCAAGCUGCCCAACUACAUCGAGGUGCGCUCCUUGCUCCCAGGUCAUGCUUUGGUGCAAACCAUCCCCCUGCGGGAACAUGCAGCGUUGUGGACUCCUCCAAAUCUCCCCACUGCCACUACUGGCGCCGUUGAAGGCAGCAGCAGGGGGGCAGGGCGGUCAGCCCGGGGUGUGUUUGCAGUGGCGGAGGAGAGUGUGUACAUCGUCGCUCCUGUCUCCCUUGCCGCUCAGAUCGACCAGCUUGUGAGCGAGGGGCUGUUUGAAGAGGCGCUCUCUCUGUGUGAGGGGCUGGAGGAUGAAGAGACUGUUUAUUCCACCUGUCUGACACCUUCUCCUUCUCUACUUCCCCUGCUCAUUGUGACACAGAUCGACCAGCUUGUGAGUGAGGGGCUGUUUGAGGAGGCGCUCUCUCUGUGUGAGGGGCUGGAGGAUGGGGAGGGGGAGGAGGAGGAAGGGGCGAGGGAGGGGGAGGAGGAGAGUGGCCAUCCGAGAAGGCGCAUGGACUUGGUUCGACUUCGCUAUACGCCAUAUUGCUGUGCAUCCAUGCUUCUGAGGUGCCUCAAAAGGAGGGGAGCGGCCAGCCAAGGAGGCGCAUGGCCAACUUGCCCUCUGCUCCUCGCGCUCUGCUCCUCGCCCCCUUUUUUCCUGAGCAUACUAUUAUCAUGUUAUCCACCCCCCUUCCCGCACCUCUCUCUCCUGCCCCCUCCCCCGUCUCUCCCUCCCCACCAGUCUGGCCCACCAUCUCUUCUCAUCGGCACCAUAGACAGCAGUAGCAUCAGCGGCAGCAGCAGGCAGGGAACGAGUGGUGGUGGUGGGGGGGGGUCUUUCGAAGGGCCUCUGGAUGCAGCGUCUGUUUCUCGCGCUGCUGCUGCUGUCACUGCUGCCGCUUCUGCUGGGACUGCUGCAAUAGCCGCGCAAUCAGCAUCUUCUGAGUUCUCCCCUGCAGCAGUCGAUCGCUUCAUUGCUGCUCUCUCUCUUCCGAGCUCUCUCUCUCAGCCUCAUCUUCCUGCUGCUUCUUCUCCCUCGGUUGUCAUUCCGAAUCAAAGAGGGAGAGCUGGGACUGAUAGUGAGUUGCUUCAGAUGCAAAGUGAAGGAGCGGGGAGAGGAGGAGGGGGGGCGUCCACGUCAGCAACGGGUGUUGCUGACUCAGCGGACCCGAUGCAGCCACUCCGAUCGGCCCUGCAUGCGUUGUGGGCGGCGGACAACUUCUGCCACGUCAGCACUGUGGAGGCGGCGCUGCGUGAGGAGGACAGGUGGCGUCAGCAGCCACGUCAGCAGCCGUUCGUGCUGGAGGCGCUGACGUGGCGCUUUGAGGACGACCCGACAGCAGCGCUGGCGCUGCUCACCUCACUGCGACACCCACCGCCCAACGACCUGGUGCUCUCUCUCAUUCGUCAGGUGGCCCCUCACCUCAGUGCCUCCUUCCUGGAGCAUCUCUUAGAGCAAACCGCUCAGGCCAUGGGCGAGGGGGGUGGAGGGGAGGGCGUGGGGGAAGGGGGCAGGGAGGGGGAGGGGGAGGAGGAGCAGGAGGGAUUUGGAGAGGGUUGGAGGGGUAGCAGCGGUGGUGGGGGGAGCGGGAGAGGGAGUGGGGAGAGUGGACGGCGGUGGAGUAGCAGUAGUGGUGCUGGUGUGUCUGGUGGGGGUGGGGGUGCGGGUGGGGAGGUGCAGGAUGUGGGAGCAGCGGCAUCCCAGCUACAGCUAGACCUGGUUCGGCUCAGCCUUCACCGGGUCAAAACGGAGCUCUGCCAAUCAGCAGCAGCCACGUCAGCAGCAGCAGAAGCAGCAGGCGAGCGCACUGGUGUGAUUGGUCCAGAGAGGGCCAAGCUGGCAGCUGUGCUGCAGCGGGUCAGACUGCGUCUCAUUCCAGAGGUGCUGCAAAUGCUUCCUCCAGACUCCCUAUUCGAGGAGAAGGCCUCCCUUCUUCUGCGCCUCCUGCUCCACACCUAUGCCCAUCCACCUGCCCAAGCCAUUGCAGCCGCACCAACAGCAACAGCAGGAGGAGCAGCAGGAGGACCGGGUGCAGCGCCCGUUCACGCGGCUACUGUGGGAGCAGUGGCGCCUUUAGGUGCAAGAACGCCCAUGCGUGCAGCAGAGGCGGCAGCAGCAGCAGUGGAUGCAAUGGGGGGCCGGGAUGCGUUGCUGUGGAUGGUGCUCGUGCUCUACGCCAGGAAGCUGAGUCAGACUCUUCACUGCAUCCCCAUCUGCGACCAGCUGCUCUCCCUCUCCUCUCCUCUUGCAUGUGAUGUGUGUUUUUCUAGGUCUCAAAAGGCACCACAAGGUCUCACGGGCGUGACAUGUGUUUCGAAAGAAGGGAGGGAAGCAGGUCAAGCCUUUGAUGCGGUUGGGAGGCGAGGGGGGGCGAACAGGUGGGAGAUGAGGGAGGGAGUGAUGGUGGGGGCGGCUCUAGAGGUGAUGGAGAGGCGGUGGGCAAUGGUUGACCCCUGGGAGGCGUUACACAUGCUACCAAGUGACGUACCUUUGCAGAGCGUGCUGCCAUACCUGGAGGCAGUGCUGCGGGCGGGCAGCGAGCAGAGGAGGAACAGCUCUGUGGUGAAGAACCUGAGGCGCAGCGAGAACCUGCAGCUCCGGGAGGAGUUGGCGAAUGGCAGGAAGCGCCACGUCAGCAUCACGGGGGACCGGCUGUGCGCCAUCUGUCGCAAGCGGAUUGGAGGGAGCGUGUUUGCCGUCUAUCCGGGCGGCACGCUGGUGCAUUUUGUCUGCUUCCAACACCACCAGAUGCAGCUGCCUGCUUCUGCUGGUCCGUGA